CACUGCGGAGGUUUGUUGACAUAUCAACUGGAAGAGGCACUGACUAGCAUGGCUAUCGCUCCUGCCCGUGCCAUUAUUAUCGUCAGUUUCAACAUCUUUAGGGUAGUAUGCCGGAAGUACGGCAUCUAUUUAUUGCUGGGCAUGGUUAUGAUCCUCCUCCAAGGCUUCUCUGGGUAUUAUGUGCUGCGAUUGGGUGUUGGCGAUUCAAGCCCUCCAGGCUCCAAGGUGGACCCCGACCACUACCUUCAGAAGAGAGAUGGAGGUGGUAAUGGGAACUUUCACCAAACCAGUGACAGAGCAGAUGCAGAUACACAUGAUAAAGGUCCUCCCAUUGCAGAGGAAAUCGAAAGCUUGGAAACAAUACAAGAACAUUUAGGGGUAAAGGUUCCCUGUUUCCUUCGCAGUAAAGAGGCAGUUUCAGCCAUUAAGCGGGCCACUACAUCACACUGCAGAUCUCUCAUUGCUAACAUAUCAUGCCAGAUUCAGUCUGGUAGCUUUUAUCCAUCACGACUACAGAGCUAUUGUCCAUCCAAUGGAAGGGUUCGGGGAAAGAGUAUGGGCUGCUUUGUGGAUAGCCGGGAAAAACGAAUUCUUCGUGGUCAUGCGGCACAGCUAAAACGUAACACUCCUAAUAUUUGUGCAGAUAUUUGUUAUCAACGUGGAUACGUUUAUGCUGGAGUACAGUAUGGAAAGGAAUGCUUUUGUGGUAAUGAGGAACUACCAAUGAAAAUGAAAGUGUCAGAUGCUCUUUGUGCUAUGCCUUGCACAGGUGAUGCUAAUCUCUUCUGUGGUGACUACCUGCAUAUGAAUAUAUAUGAAACUGGUUUAGCAAAAUAUGUGCCUAAGGCUCUUAAUGGUCCUUCAGAUGGUGACACUGCAGUUAGAAUAGCCUUCAUUCUAACAGUGAAUGGCAGAGCUGUGAGGCAGUUUAGGCGCCUCUUCAAAGCACUGUAUCAUAAGGACCACUACUUUUAUAUCCAUGUGGAUUCACGACAAGACUACUUGCACCGUGAAGUUCUGAAGCUGGAACAACAGUUCACAAACAUCAAGGUCUCUCAUUUUCGUUUGUCAACCAUUUGGGGUGGUGCAUCUCUACUUACAAUUCUUCUUCACUGUAUGAAGCAGGUCCUUCUGAUGAAAACCUGGGAAUGGGACUUUGUUAUAAAUCUCAGUGAAUCUGAUUAUCCUAUCAAAACUAAUGAAGAGUUAGUGAAAUUCUUAACUUCCAAUCGAGAAAGGAAUUUUUUGAAGUCCCAUGGCCAUGACACCAACAAAUUUCUCCAGAAACAGGGCCUUGACCGAACCUUCCUGGAAUGUGAGACUCAUAUGUGGAGAAUAGGAGAACGGAAAUUGCCAUUUGGCAUUCGGGUUGAUGGAGGCAGUGAUUGGCUUUGCCUCAAUCGUGGAUUUGUUGAUUAUGUAGUAAACAGUAAAGACCAGUUAGUGACGGGUUUAAAGAAAAUAUACUCCUACACACUUCUGCCAGCUGAGUCUUUCUUCCACACUGUCCUUCGCAAUUCAAAGUUCUGCCAGACAUUUACAGAUAAUAACUUACAUGUUACCAACUGGAAAAGAAAACUUGGCUGUAAAUGUCAGUACAAACAUAUUGUUGACUGGUGUGGAUGUUCACCCAAUGAUUUCACUACUGGCGACUGGCCAAAACUGGAGGCUUCAGCAUCUCGAAACCUGUUCUUUGCUCGGAAAUUUGAGGCUGUCAUUAAUCAAGCAGUCAUUAAUCAAGUAGAUGCAUGGUUGUAUACACCAUAUUAUUCAUCAACUCAAGGCUUAGAAAGUUACUGGGAGAAUCGCUACCACCACGAAGAUCGGCCAGCAGGAAGUAAUGAUGUGAGCGUAACACUGUACAAUGCUGCAGCCAGACUUAGUACUAAGACGGUAACGCAGUUACUUAUCUCUAAGAAUAGAGAAUGCCAUUUGUAUGCAUCAGCAGUAUUAGAAGCCAAUUCUUAUCAAGUCAGUGAUGAAUUUAAGGGAAUUUUAGUCCAAUAUGUCGGAAACAUCAAGAAUGAAGCCAGCUUUAAUUUAGAGACGUGGUUUUUCCCCCACAAUAAAUAUCGUCCCCCUUUUGACAAAUCAGUGUAUAGGAUUAUUAGUGUUGAAGUUGGAUCUGACUUUGAUGUUAAGGAGCAAGUCUUCCGAAACUUGGGAGGAGCAUUAGGUCCAAAUAGUGAUAUAACAGUCAUAACUCGCUGGACAGGCGCUAAAAGUGAUAAUGUUGGUGGUGAAGAAGAAGAGGAGGAGACUGUGCAACAACCUCUCCUAUUAUUGAUGGAUCCUGUAGGAGCAAAAGUUGCUGAAGAAAUAACCCUGGAAGCUGGAGACCAGGUUGUCUCUCACAAGUUUGAUAUGCAUAAGCCACUUCUUCCUGGAUCCUGGUCAGUCAGAGUGAUCAUUGACAAUGUUGUGAUAGCUACGCACACAUUUGUAGUUCUUCCAUAUCAGUUUAUGAAUGGUCGCCAGAUAACCAUCAAGGAAGCCAGGAUGUUGCACAAAGGUCCAAGUGGGCCAUACAAAGAUGAUGAAACAAGUAUUCACCAUUUGAAUUACCCUGGCAAUUCCUCUGCUAUGGAAAUAGCUGUCGCACAUUCUCAUUUAUAUGGACCUGAGCUCUCUGAAUGGAUUGAUGAUCUUGUGAACAGGUUUUACACUGUCCAAGAUACAUGUUACAUUCCAAGUGAGCACGUUCCUGAAUGUGUUCGCAAUUCCCUGGAGCCAUGUCCAGAGACGAACUGGAGUUCCUUAUCCCCCGAUCCAAAGUCAGAACUUGUUGGAAUAAAUCCUAAUAGUGGCAAAAUUCUUGACCCCCAUAGGGUUGGGAGUAGUGAUUAUAGAUAGGGAUUAUAGUGUCUUAUUUGUUUUAAGGAGAUGUAGAUGAGCAAACAAAAAGAGACUUUGCACAAUGUUAUCUGAAAUGCAUUUCCUUAGUGACUUAUGCUUAUGAGGUACUGUAUACAUUUUAACAUUAUGGGAGAUUGUGAUACUAAAUGUAGAUUCCUUAUUGUUAGUUUAGAUUUAGAUAGGAAUUUUAAAUUUCGGAGAUUGCAGUAUUUAUUAAAUCACGUACAGUUAUAAAUCCAGCAAGCAGUUAUGCAGGCUUUUUGAAGACCUGCAAAAAUAUUGAUUUUUCCUGUUUGCAGCAUGUGUGGUACUAAGAUUUCACUUUACUAUACUACUUAAAUAUUUUAUCAAAUUUUCACUUCUUUCAUUUUUGUUAAAUAUUGAAUUUAUAUUUCUUAUUAAUAUAGAUUCAUGGGCAUGUUGACUAUGGAGCCAGUUUUUGUGAGAAUAACUUUACAUUGAACUUGAAUUUUGCUGUAUGAUGAAAAUUUUUCCUGCCUGACUUUCUCAAUGCACAAACAGAAUUCGAAUUAGAUAGUAAGGAAUGUAUAACUUUGAAAUAAGUUGGUGCCAAAUUUAUUACAGGGUUGUUUGUGGGUGUGAUCUUCAUGCAAUGUUUUACAUAUCAGAAAAGUAUGGCAGUGAAUUGUGAACAUUAUUUGGCCUUAGUUUACAUAUCUUGAGUAGAAUAGUGUUUAGGUGAAGAACUUAGGAAGGUUUUGUGUUUGAAAAAGUAGAAUUCCUGGUAAAAUAGUAAAAUGAAAUAGCUUCCAAGAAAUUAAGUAAAUUAUGUGACUUUAUAAGUCUCUGUGAUACUUCCUUGUAAGAAUGUCAAGAAUGUUGACAAGAGUAAGUUAAUUUUUUUGUAUCUUAUUUUCCACAUGUUUAUUAUAGUUAGCUUUAAUAUGUCUUUUGAGGGUUUAUUACCUCAUUUUUCUGUCUACUUUUGAUUUGUAGGGAACCUUUUAAGCUUAUGUUCUGUCAUUUUGUGAAAAAGUAGCCCAAAUAACACAUUCAUCUGCAUCUAUUAAGUUGUGGAUAACAAACAACAAGUCAUCCAUUCCCCCCCCCACAACA